AUGCAUCUCGCAUCACCACUGAAAUUUUCACCCGGAGUACAGCCUGUACGCCUGUCCGGUACAUUCUUUGUAGUUUUUCGUGACACACUUUUGUUGAAUUACACCAAAGACUAUUUUAGUAAAGUUAUAAAAAAUAUUGAGAAGAGUAUAGAAAAUAGCAAAUUUGACGAGGAAGCCCUGACCAACACACAGUGCUACUUGUCAGGAUGGGGAAGGAUGAUGGGUAAAGGUUCGAAUUCUUAUGAACUUCCAAAAGACCUGCAAGAAAUUAACGCACACAUUAUCACAAAUGACGACUGUCGCAAAAAAGAGGUGGACGUCGAAAUAACGAAACGUCAUGUUUGCGCAACAUAUAAUGGUUUUUCAAGCUCUUGUUCGGGUGAUAGCGGCGGACCAAUGGGUUGUUAUGACAAUGACGGAAACUUUAGGCUGAUUGGCGUUGAUUCUUUUGGUCGUCAGCCAUGCGGAAUAACUACUGGUGCUGUCACAGGAUACAUGCGAAUUUCACAGUACCGGCGCUGGAUUUCUAAAAAUGCUCUCGGACAAGUGUCCACAUAA